CCCAGACUCAGACUAGACGUAGUCCACAUUCCGGCUCGACAUUACACUGCAUUGUCGUUGUUGGAUGAGGCUGGAAUUAACAAGGGGUUAGUUAGACUGCUAGAGUCAGAAUGUGUUGUGCUUGGACCAGUUGAGGAUCGGUAUUCACAUCAUAAUGAGUGGACGUGCUCUGAAUGGGGAGACAAAAAGAUGGACCAGGGAGGAAAGGGAGAAAAGAUGAUAUAUCAUGGCAGAGUCCGUGGGUCGUGGUUCUCUUUGUGAGCGUUUCUUGUUUUCCGUCCUGUUUCGCUGGGUCCUAUCACAUUCGCUCAUAUUACCACACACUCUCAUUCUCUCACCUGUCCCCAGGUUUUAACUUAUUAACAGACCCCGGUUCUCUUUUGUCCUACUUUACUAGGGACUGCACCCGACUGCGGCAAAUACCUUGUUCCCUGUUCCUGGUGCCGUACACUUCCUAGUGGUCGAGUGGCCACGGAAGUGCAGCUGUUACUGCCGACAGGCCGGGCCAUACAUAUAAUGUGCAGACGCAGGACCAAGCUCUAAGCCAAACCUGCAGAGAACCGGGACAUGCAAGGGCAUUCCCCGCUGUUUACUCUUAACAGGCUCUGGUGCAGAACGGCUAAUAUAUCUUGCGCAUUGGUAAAGAACACAGUGGGAGAGUUGAGCUGAGUUUAUCAAAGAACAAGAGGGUGUCAUUGGAUGAUAAGAGAAAGGCUAAGAAGUUGAGGCGGCAAGAAAAGAAGUGAAGAGAAGGGAACUCUGGGGGAUCUAAUAAAAGAAACAAGAGAAGGACAAGACAAGAGAUCAAAGACGGAGGCGAUAAUGAGCCACGCCUAAUUUCCCACAUUAGGCCCCAACGGAAGAAAGGAAGCGAAAGGAAGAAAGAAAGAGACAGGCAUUACAGGAGCAAGCAGUUUCAUUGUUCUUUGGAGGCUACUGAAUGGGCUACCGUUGAACACACAAAGACACGGCCCUGCACAGACAGACAGUGGCCCAACACUGCGAGAAUCAUCCCAUCUUCUUUCAGUCAAGAAGGGGAAAAAGGAAGAGAAGAGCCUAUUCUGAGGAGAGAAAAGGCCAGAAUAGCACACGAUCAUUGAUUCUAUCUUUAUUACUUCCUAUAUCUACCUCAUCAAGAAGUUGCGUCGUCUCCUCAGCUCAUCUCUCGGCCUCAAUCUCAACGACAUCGAGACCAGGGUACAGGGUCUACCACUUCCCGUUCGCUUGCCCGUCAGAGGAACCAAAGGAAAGGAAAGCAAAGCAAAGCAGAAGGAAAAGUCAAGCAAAAAUGACACAGGUCAUCUCUUUGGUUACGCCCUCCCAGGCUAUGACCCCGGCCCACUCCCCCAUGGAUUCUGGUGACUACGAUAGGCCGCGAGCCUUUCGUGCACUCCCCGACACUCCAGACUCUCCUAGUCCUCGCACUGCUGGCUUGGGUAGAAAACGUGCCGCUCCCAUCAACACUUCUGACGCUAGUUAUGGUAGAUUUGAGAGACUCAAACUGAGUACGCCGAGCAGUAUGGCAAGCAAUGAAGCUACAAGAGAUAUCUGUCUCUGCACUCCGGCGCCCAAGAUCCCACGACCUAGGAAUGCUUUCAUACUGUAUCGCCAGCAUCACCAAGCACAAGUUGUCGCUCGCAACCCAAACCUAUCCAACCCUGACAUCUCCAAGAUCAUUGGAGAACAGUGGAAGGACGAGCCGCAAGAAGUCAAAGACAACUGGAAAGCACUGGCAGAUGAAGAAAAGCAACGCCAUCAGCAACAGUACCCUGACUACCGCUAUCAGCCACGACGUGGUAACAAGUCGCAAGGCCUCCGAUCAGGAUCUGUCUCCGCUGAUGAAUCUGGAAGAUGUUUAAAGUGCAACCUCCGGUGCAUUGCAACCCCUUCAACGCCCUCUACACCCUACCCUCCCACACCAGUGGCAAGUGAGGGCAGAGCUCCCCCAUAUCCAUACACACCGGCUUUGCGUGAUCCCGAGGCAGCUCGUCGUGCAAGUUUUGGUAAUCUGGCUAUGAAACAACAACAGGCCUCCAAGCGUUCUCCUUAUCGCGAAGGAGAGGAAUACGGCCCCGAGUCGCCAGAAAUGAAGAGGCGCCGCUACAACACUGCUGUCGGCUAUCACCCGAUAUCAUCGCCAGGGACAAUGGGACGGGCAUUGUCACUUGGAGCGGCUCCUCAGAGACCGUACCCUGUCACGCCUCUGCCCGAGCCGUACUUUACUAGAUCAAAAUCAGGCCCGAUGCCUCCCCCACCUCGACCAGCAGCAGGAGGACCUUGGCCUGGCCAGGAACAUCGAGGCCAGCACCCUUCCUAUGAUGACGAGUCCCUCAGACUUCCCCCACUGCAGACUCAAACUGCCAUGUCUCCCACGAAUACACAAGAGGUUGAUAUUCGACAGCUCCAGACUCCAGUUACGGGGCUUGGAAUAUCGAAUGCUCGAGACCCCCAAGCUAGAAGCGUGGAGGCCAUGGUCAUGUCUAUUCCAUUCACGCGAAAGCUAUCUGUACUUUCUAAGAUAAAUCACACUCCGAUCAGCUCUCUAGGUUCUGGAACCUUGUCUCUCGAGAAAGUCGAGAAUAGAGGGGCUGUCAUUGCUGUAGAGGGGCCGAAACCAAGAAUAUUGAAGCAGGUUGGCUUGCUGGUUGAGAGAGCACUUUCGACCUCUAACGAAAUCGCGCUCAAGACCUGGGGACAGAUGACUGAAGACGAGACCAAAAGCAACGAAACUGGCUCCCAGGAUAACGACGAACCUUCAGACUCGAACCACAACCUUGCAUCAUGUUUUGAAACGAUGAUACAAUGGCACCAGAAGUCACGAGAGAUGGUAAAGCACAUCACCAGCCAAACCGAAUCGCUGCGUGGCUCACAGCGGAAAAGGGACUCGGACUCACCAAUUUCACAACGUGGUUCAUUUGAAGAGGACAACGCCUCCAAAUCAUCACGAGAUGACAACGGUAGUUCAAAGAUACCGGUUGCCCUUAUUAAGGAAGGAUUCAGCCUCACUCUUUCGGACUCGUUCGCCUGUACGAUACCCAUUGCGGACGCCUAUGCACCGAUCGACCAUUGGCAGUGGAUGGCCACCCUCUGGCGCGGUACCAUCAAUCCCGACCUUGUUAUCUACGUGAAACCAAGUCUAGAGGACGAGAUCGCGAAGUGCGGAACGGUCGAUUCAUUCAAGGGGCUCAUGGUUGUCCGUGUUGCGGUGGGUAAAGACUUGGAUGAUGCAACUGAACGACGAAUUGUUUUUGAAGUCAUUGAAUGGGUGCGGGGAGGGAGCUUCAGAGAGAAAGUCGACAAGGGACGCUGAUAUGAUCGAAAUACGAUAAUUCUGAUCUCUUUUUGGAAGUGGGCGAUGAAAAGGAUAUUGCCAAGACUACCUACACCUGGAUCUGAGGAUAAAGCUUACAGCACCGCAUAACCGAUGGGGUUGUUUAUUUGGAGGAAAAAUGUGCUGGUUCAGUUAAUAUCACAUUCCUGUCAAUGAAUGGGAGUAAACAUGUAAAGUUUAGUAGUAGGAGUCCAUGGCGUCAAUACUCUCAGAUCUGUUUGUUUAUUUACAUUCGUUUCCAAUGAUGAUCAUAGUCUGAGCCAAGUCCGGAG